AUGGGUUGCCGACACGUGCAAACAGCCCCCUACAAUCCCAGUGCCAAUGGACUCGCGGAGCGUUUCGUCCAAACCCUGAAGAACGCGCUAAAGAAGGAUGCCGCACGACAACCAAUGAAGGUAAAGCUCAACAAGUUCCUGCUCGCUUAUCGCAACACGCCCCAUGCUACAACGCACGAGGCACCAGCUAACUUGUUGGGACAGCCCAAAUGGAUGCCUGCUGUGGUGACUGCUCAAAGUGGACCAGUGUCUUUCAUGGUACGAGCAUCGACACCUUCGGGAUGCUUCGAGUGGCGGCGCCACAAGAACCAGCUACUUCAAGGCACGGCAGGGCUUGCCGAAAACGCCGCGCAAGACGACGGUUUCUCCGUGUGGCCACAGAGCGACACCGAGCCGGAGCCAGCACCUUCAUUGCCUGCAGCUAGUGUUUCUCCUUCACCAACGACGUCGGUGACGGACACUUCUCGAGGCGACCAGGAUCGACGCUACCCAUUAAGGAAUCGCCGACCACCGGAUCGUUUCUGA